AUCUCGCCAUUGGUUUUUGCCAGAGAUUAGAAUGAACUUUGUCUCAGUUCCUCUUGUGAAUAGAAGACUCUCGCCUUGAGUUUGAGGCUCAUUGUUUCGACUUUAUGUGCAAUAAAAUGACAUUCUUUACUACAAAAUCAUAAGUCUGUCAGAUAAAUGUAAUUUUGUGGACGCUGGACUGAGUAAUGGUUGAUCCACCUGGAGAGAAGGCGCUUUGUUCCAUUCGUGAGUCGGUCUCCGCUUCGGGUAGUGAGCAGGUUCUCCUCUUAUGACACAGGGAUUAAAAUCCGGUGGGAAAGCAUUGGCUGUAUAUAUUUUGACACUGGGACCUUCUGGGUGUUGUCUAAAUAAAGGAAGUAGUGUUGAAGUCGGUUCGCAGUGGAGCUGGGCAGCAUGUAUGAGAGCGGAUCAGAUGCUGCUGGAUGUGACUCAACUGAAUCUAAAACAGCUGUCAGCAAUACCGACGCCCACGGCAGCGGGUCCUCCAGACAGGGCACUGUUGUGGAGCGAUUGUCGAGAUAUGGCAUGCAGGUCAUGCCCAGUGCCUUCCAGCGUAGGUCGAGACUGCAGAGGCAACAAGAAGUCCCUGACAGCUCGACUCAGAGAGAGGCUUCGAUCACACCCGCUAUGCGUAAAAAAUACCUGAAAGAGCUGCUCCUGAACGCAUCACACGGUGGGUUUAGUAGCGCCCUGUCCUCGCAAACAGCCGGGGGGAGUCCACGGGAGGAUCAGGACGCAGAGUGGGCUUUGUACCCGAUGGAACACGCCUGGAUGCUGUCUGCGGUGGAAGGAAACUACGAGACCAUUCUGGAGUUCAUCUCAGAAGACCCCCAUCUGCUGACCAGGAGGGAUUUCAUCAGUGGGUACUCUGUCCUGCACUGGUUAGCCAAAAGGGGACAGGACGAGACCCUGAUCAAACUUCUGCGGUACGCGGAGAGUGAGGGGAUUCCAGUGAAUGUGAACCUGAGGGGCAGCGGAGGGCUGACCCCCCUGCACCUGGCCAGCAUGCACGGACAGUACAUGGUCAUCAAACUGCUGGUCGGAGCCUUUGGGGCCAAUGUUGACGCCAUGGACUAUAAUGGGAAAAGAGCCUGGCAGUACCUGAAGGGAGACGCCCCUCUGGAGAUGAAGGAGCUGCUCGGGACUUGGGACGACGAGCACUGCAGUGGAUGUGUGCAAAAUGUCAACAGAAACAUCAACAACAACAGCGCCGGCGCAAUGAACUCGACCCCCUAUGAUGAUGAUGAAGUGGAUGGAGAGGUGGAGGAUGAAGGCUACUUUGACCGGACAAAGAGGACCGGCAGCUGGAGAUUUGGAUCCUUCCGGAAACUGCUGAACUCUUUUCCAUUUCUUGGAAACAAAACCUGAGUUAUCUGGUAUUUUCACACCAGUUGAUCACUGUGUCAUCUAAUCCAAUGUAACACUGCCAUUUGAGUAAAACCUUUAUUUUUUCAUUGUGUUCACUAAAUAAAAACAUCUAGAAACUGUUUCUAGUUCUGCUUGUAUAAACAGUGGUUUAUUGACGUGGCAGACUUCAUCCAGUCUUGGUACUUCAGGUAAACACUUCAUGGUUUGUUUUACUACUACAGAGUGCUUCUUGAAUACUUGAGUUACUUUUGGUCCAAGUAAUAAUGACAAGCCUCAAAUUCCAACUGAACACUUCACUAGAAACAACCACAAUAUGAAAACAUUACUAAGACUGGUGUUAAAUAUGUGGUCAGAAAAUCCUGACUGAUACUCUUUCAGCCAAGCUUCGUCAGCAUUAGCCGUCCCCCAGUGAUGUUUGGUUUCCCUCGGAAAAACAUUUGGUCUCUUUA